AUGCGCUGGGCUGCCUUUUUCAAAGCAUUUUACGACCUCAGGCCCCUCUCCUGGAGGACUUGGAGUUUUCCUCGGCAUUUCUCUUUCCGCCGUGGUUGGCUUAAAAUGAAUCCUAGUGGCAUCCCGGCUGUGCAUCUGGUAUACAAGAUGCUGGCCCAAGGCACUAUAGUGCUGCGGCGUGUCAACUGGAAUUCCAUCAUAGUUGCAAGUUUAAUAGAAGAACUAGUCGUGGUGGUUGUGGUAGUAAUAGUCGUGAGUUCAACAGAGCAGCACCCGGUCACCGUGGAACAAGCGGUCCUCAUCCUGUCACGACUCGCCGUACUCAGCUGUAUUUUCAUGACAAGUUCAGUGCAUCGACGAGCGGUAAUGGGGUGCAGCGAGGGCCCUUACAACUGCCAUUUUCACAGUCGGGUCCAUCGCAGCCAAAGGCCAAUACAUUUUGGGCCGAAACAUCGGCCCGUAACCUUAUCGCAGUCCGGACCCACGCACCCACUCGAUCUGCACUCAACACCGCUGCAACCGCCCCGCUGCGGAAUGCAGUCCAGCCCGCCGCACAUCGUAAUCACGCAUGUAGGACCCCAGCAGAUUCCAUCAAGACAAUCGAGCCCAAAACAGCCAAACUUGAUACAAAAAUAA